CGAGGCUUCGGGGCAGUUUUUGGUGGGGAGCUCAUGACGGAAUCGGCAGCCGCUUCUCAUCUUCACAACUACAAGACGCAAUCUCCAGCUUCAUCAACAACUCGUAAAAAUGUCGGGAAAAUUCGAGCCCAAGGUCGCGGUCACCCUGGCCCCUCCCAAGGACGACCUCAUCUCUGCCGAGGAGCUGGCCAAGGCCAACGGAGCCGACGGCGGAAAGUGCUACGUUGCUAUCAAGGGCAAGGUCUACGACGUCUCCGGCAACAAGGCCUACCUGCCAGGAGCAUCAUACAACGUCUUCGCUGGCAAGGACGCCUCUAGGGCCCUAGGCAUGACGUCCACCAAGCCCGAGGAUGCCCUCCCCGACUGGCAGGAUCUGAGCGACAAGGAGAAGGGCGUCUUGAAUGACUGGGUCACCUUCUUCUCCAAGCGGUAUAACGUCGUUGGACAUGUCGAGGGCGCCACCAACAUGGAAUGACUAGCCGAGGCGUCUCUUGCCGACAAAACCAAGCUGUGAACUCAUGCCGUCACGGCAAUCCCCCCGGUCCAUUCUCUUACCUCUCUGGCUCCCCUGUGCAAAUGUAUUCUCCGCUGCUGUGAAGCUGUUUUACCAUAACCCCUGAACGUAAGACGC